AUCAAUACUUAAUAAUCCCUUAAGAACAUUCUCUAAGCUUGGAUAAUCCCAUUCGACUUCUUCAAAAAAAGCCUCAGGUUAGGUAUUUGUUUUAAAGAAGAAACAUCACAAUGCCCUACGAAAUUCUCGUAAUUUUAAGGCAUUACUGUAAAAAAAAUUUCUCAGCCGUUGAAGCAACUAAUGAAAUUAUUAAAUAUGAAGGGGAAGGUGUCCUUGACCAACACACUUCACAGAGUUGGUUUGAAAAAUUUAGCAGUGGAGAUACAACAUUGGAAAGAAAGGCUUUGGGCGUCCACUAAUGGAUAUUGAUGAGGUUCUGCAGGAAGCUGUUGUGUCAAAUCCGUUCACAAGUACUCCCGAACUUGUCAGGGAGUGUGGUCUACUAUUUACUCACCAUGGGGAAGGUGAAAAAAAGCAUUAGACUGGUCCCUCACGAACUUACUCCUCAGCAAUCAGUUAAGAGGUUCCAUUCUGCCAGCUGGAAGAUACCACUGUCCGGCACAUGA